AUGGCACCACAUACCAAGCCCGCCCAGUCUGCACCGAGAACCCCUAAAAGGCCGAAACAUAUCGAGCGACUCGCCGAGACCAUCGACAAGCUGAACCGCGAUUACAACCUCGCCAUCGAGAUCCCUGACCGUACCCUGACCCCGAGACACUCCGAGCGCCGCCGCAAACACGAUGCAGCUUUCGCCCGGAGUGACAAGAUUGUGUACUGCAUCAGGUUCCACUGCUUCCAAAACACCACUCUUCUCGACAAGAUACUGCAUGCCUUCCACUUAGAGGCUCGUGCCGCCAGCCAGAAAUGGAUUCGUUUGUCCGACUGUUACGACCCCGUCCCUGCCACAGCGAGACCACCAAUAGCCGAAUCUCCGGGAGAGGUGUUGGAGCUUCAAGAGAUUCUAAUCAGCGUGCUGGAGAAGGCUAAGCCACAGGACAGGGAGGACAUUCCCAAGCCAAGACCCUUUGCGCGUGCCCAGAGCGGUCCGGCAGUCUACAAUUCCAUCGAGGUUCCCAAGUCUAAGAGAAGGCCGCCCGAGGACAGGAAGGACUCCCCAAAAAGGGUCAAAGCUAGCCCGGCAGUUGACGAAGAAAUCGACGAAGCUAUUGCCGAUGCUUUGGACAAGGUCCCUAGCCGUUCCCGAUCUGCCAAACCUGAUUUGCCCUCAACCAAGUUCGUCAGGGACAAUCCUUUCAGCGACGUCAAGCCUAAACCUUUGUCGAGUGUGCUCCCGCCCCUGCGAGAAAGCGUGUAUGCUGCUGCCUCCGUCGCAACAUCGGCCACCACCAGCCGGGCUUCGCUAUUCUCUGCCCCGAAUGAACCUCCUCCUAGUACUCAAGAGACAGUCCCAGCGCCAAGCUAUGAGGCAAGGAUACGAGGACCGGUACUCUCGCAGGAGCCGAGAUCUUCUCAGUCGCAAGACCCCUUUCCAGCUUCGUCAGGUCACUUGGAUGCUCUCAAUGUCUCCUUCACGGAGCAUGAGGCCGAGGUGUCUUCAAGGCUCUACACCAAGCCGCCUGGCCGUGUACCCACCCCGGGCGACAGCUCCCCCGGUCUCACGACGAUUUACUCGGAGAUCUCAGGUCUUGAUGACCCCGCCCUGUACCAGCCAAUUCUGAGCCCAUCAAAACGUUCAGAGCCAGUUGACCUCCAGUCCCGGCUUAUCGCCACCUGGCCCAGAUUCCCAGCAUGGCUCAACCGGGCUCCUUUUGCCGUCGCGUGGGAGAUCACCCGUAUCGCACUCCACUGCGGUGUUGACCUUGGUGAAACCCUCAUGUCUUACGAUGAAACCUGGAUCAACUACAAUAACCUCUGGAGAACGCUGCUCACACACCCGUCCUUUGCCGGCAAGGCUUUCCCUGAGAGACCAACAACGGAUGCUUGGACUGCAGGUCUGAGUGGCUUCAAGUCUCCUCGAGGACAGCAUGUCACUUUCACGGCCUCACUUGUACAGACUAAGAAAGUCAAGUCCGGCCCAAUCUUCUCUUUGACAAUGGAGGCAAUCGCGUUGGACCAGGGCUGCCGUCUGCACCGCCGAUUUGGAUCCGACCGAUUUAUUGAGCUUGUCAUCCCGUCGCCGAACUCUUGGGAAACGCCCAUCAAUAAUCCCAAAAUCUCCGAAGAAGUCAUUGAUUGGUUCUCUUCUCGGCUGCAUUAUCUCGCCGGCCGGCAAUGGCGCGCUUUUUAUUCGCGAGACGCAGGAUACAAGACGCCUCAGACCAACGUGAGCCUUGGUCCUGACCCCAAGCCCAUCUUUCGAGAAAAGAUAAGUCUUUUUGCUGAAAAUGGGAACAACUUCCAUGCUGCUAUCCCCAUGAGUUCAAUGCCUAUGGAAACUCCUAGCGAGCUCAGAGUCAAGCUGGAGGUGCGAGACAUGCUCGACUGGCUCUUGCAGUUGGACUGCAACGAACAUCAGCCGUACCUCAAGUUGUUUGCCCGCAUUCAGCUUGGACUCAGCAAAACAACCCCGGUUGUUGUCCUGAAUCGCAAUCAGAUCCGUCACCAGGAGAAAGACAUGCUGUCGCCAAUCGGAAAAGUAAUGAACGACGGUAUUGGCCGCAUGUCACCUAAGCUCGCUCAAAAGAUCAAAGACGUCCUCGGGUUGCAAGACAUUCCUUCUGCAAUUCAGGGGCGUUUCGGCCCUGCCAAAGGCAUGUGGCUUAUUGACAUUAAAGACACUGGAGACGACUUGUGGAUAGAGACAUGGCCAUCCCAGAGGAAGUGGAAUUGCGAUUACCUAGAUCCAGAACAUCGUACGCUCGAAAUCAAGAGCCACGCUGCCGAGCCGCGAUCCGCAAGUCUCAACAUCCAAUUUCUUCCUGUCCUAGAAGACCGCGCUGUAGACAAGCCAGUCAUGAGGAAGGCCAUCGGAGACAGUCUCGUAGAUGAACUCAACCGCGAACUAGAAGGCCAGAAAAAUGCCAUGAAGUACCCAGUACAGUUUCGACAGUGGGUGAACGAAAACUCCAUCGGUCGGAAGCAACGCUUGAUCCACAACAGUGUGCCCUUUUUGGCCGGCCUCCCCGACUCCAACGAGGAAACGAUGAACUUUCUCAUCGACGGCGGCUUCGAGCCUUCCAAGCAGAAGUUCAUUCAGGAUAUCGCAUGGAACCUUCGUCGCCAAAAGUGCGAGAACCUGAAGAAGAAGAUGAGCAUCAAGAUUCCCAACUCUGCCUACUUUUACAUGGUCAUCGACUUUUGGGGUGUGUUGGAAGAAAACGAGGUGCAUCUUUGCUUCUCAUCCAAGUUCCAGACCGAAUCCUUUUCCGACUCCAUGCUGCACGGGUGCGAUGUUCUCGUGGCCCGAUCUCCUGCACACUUUGUGAGCGACGUCCAGCGGGUAAAGGCAGUCUUCAAACCAGAGCUUCAUGCGCUGAAGGAUGUCAUCGUUUUCUCAGCCAAAGGGGACAUUCCACUGGCCGACAAGCUGUCUGGCGGCGACUACGACGGAGACAAAGCUUGGGUCUGCUGGGAACCAGCCAUUGUGUCCAAUUUUGUUAACGCCAAUGUCCCCCCAAGUCCAGACCUGUCCAGGUACCUCAAGAAAGACAAGACAUUGUACGAAGACCUUGUGCGGCGACACGGCAAGGUUGCAGCGGUCCCUGCAAUGAUAAAGCAGAGUAUCGCUUUCAGUGUGCGCCCUAGUUUUUUGGGUAUCGCGACGAACUUUAAAGAACGGCUCUGCUACAAGAUCAACAGUGUAAACAACAAUUAUGCGCUGUGGUUAAGCACACUUCUUGGGAACCUCGUUGACCAAUCCAAACAGGGCUUCGAGUUUACGGCAGAUGAUUGGAAGAGGUUCCGCCGAGAGGUGCUCGACAGCCAUAAAUUUCGAGACUUGGAUGAGCCAGCGUACAAGAGUGAGAGUUGGUCUAGCAGAGGGAAUCCUGCCCACAUUAUUGACUACCUGAAAUUCUCGGUUGCCAAACCGACCAUCGAUAAGGAGCUGGAAAGGUUCCACCGAGCGAUGAAUACGCGUUCUAGUUCUAAGCGCGAGUUGAGGUCUCUUCAGUUGAGUAAAGAAGACAACGAGGAACCGACAGCUGAGUACUGGGAUCCCGACUUAGUCACGCCACACGAUGAGCUUGAUAAGCUGGCGUCGACUAUGCCAGUGCUCAAGAAGGUGUUGAAGAACCUGAGGAAGGACUUGAUGGCGUUGGAAGAGCAGUGGGGCAAAAGUGUGGCCAUGACCAAGGACAAAGACGAGCUUCCUCGCCGUAUGCUCGAAGUCUACGAACUAUGGUGUGCCAUUCAGCCUCGGGCAGACGAGGAGCUCAACCCCUUGGCUACGGCGUAUCUCAAACAGUCGUUCAAGACGGAGGAGCACACUACGUGGGCCUUGAUUCGCGCCAGUACUGCCUUCAAGUACUGGUACAAGCGAAAGUCCAUCCUCCUGUGGCGCAUGGCUGGCAAACAGCUGCAGCAUAUCAAGGCCAUGACAACGGCUUCACGUGACAAGGUUCCUGUCACCGUGGUGCCGCACAUAUACGCGGCCUUGAGGCCUGACAACAAGUUCAUCACUCAGGCCGUCUCCAAGAUGAAGGAGGAUGGCUCCGAAUAUCCUGGAUUGGAAUCCGACGGCGAGGAUUUUGUGGGCGACGAAUAG